AUGACCUCACCUUGGAUCCUCCAAUUCUUCUUUCUUCCUCUCAACUGUCAAUGCACCCGACACACCAUUGAUAUGGAUCCUGAUCUCGCUCCAGAGUCUCUUUUUCGCCCUGCGAAACGGCGUAAGUUUAUACGGCGGCGCCCUGGUGACAGCUCCAAUACUACGGCCGGGGACCUGAUCGCCGAUGGCAAUGAAAAUGAUGGAGCUCAACCUGCUCUGAGACGACGACAAUCAUACAGCGCCUGCGGGCGAUUCUCCGCCGCCUCGCGAAUGGGCCAGGAUGACAGCCGGCGGACAGCGCCGGGCUCUGCGAAAGAUAUGGACAAAGAGACAGGUCAAGAUAUGAGGGAUCGAUUUACCGGGAAUAGUGGCCAGACGGUGGAUGUGGACAGACACAUGUACGAGAGAUCUCUUCGAUGCGCGGGCUUGGGGGAGAUGCCGACUAACAAGAUAAGGAUGGCCUACAUAGAUUCCGAGAUGGCUAAGCGUUACCGACGUAGCCCACAUCUGGAGAACACGAGUCUUGAUAGACCCUCGCGAGAACCCACCGGUGGCCAGACCGUAGCUGGGCAGCUUGAGCGCGAGCCAGCAUCGCUCGGCCGACUCCACGAGAUCGAUCUCGGCCAUGAGACCAAACUACAGAACAUUGCACGUACGGAAGCCGCCACUCGACAAUUGGUUGGGAAUGAAGACUCGUUACCUCGUGGAGAAGCUGCUUCACAGAGCGAUCGCCUCGGUCCGAGUGAGAAUGCGUCGCGAAAGGGCAAAAGACGGACCAGCGCCGACAUCGAACGAGACCGACUGGUAGAGGAGGUAUUGCGUGAAAGCAAACUGGAUGUCUACGACGAACCAGACGAUGAAGUCCCGCAUGAUGGCCAGGCCGCCGACGACCGAAUUGCGGAGCAGUUUCGACGAGACUUCAUGGAUGCCAUCGAGGCCCGCCGCCGAAUGCCCAAGACCCGUACCACCAAGACAGAGAAUACCGAGGUACCCAAAGGACCCAAAUUGGGCGGCAGUCGCAGUGCGAGAGCCGCGAUGCGGGAGAUGCAGAGCAAACCCGGGCAGAAAUAG